AUGAAAUACAGGGACACUUGCCACCUAGCAAAGAGAAAAUUUAAGCGUGUGGCACCAGGUCCAGAAACAGAAAAGAUUGUCCUUGAGGCAGGAAACGGGCUGCCAUCCUGGAAGUUUAAUGACCAGCUCUUUCCUUGCGAUGUGUGUGGGAAAGUGUUCGGCCGACAGCAGACCUUGUCCCGACACCUCUCGCUGCACACAGAGGAAAGAAAAUACAAAUGCCAUCUGUGCCCCUAUGCUGCUAAGUGCCGAGCAAAUCUGAACCAGCACCUGACUGUGCACUCCGUGAAGCUGGUGAGCACCGACACCGAGGACAUAGUCAGCGCUGUCACUUCGGAGGGCAGUGACGGGAAGAAACACCCUUAUUAUUACAGUUGCCACGUGUGUGGAUUUGAGACCGAGCUCAAUGUCCAGUUUGUAAGCCACAUGUCACUCCACGUGGACAAGGAGCAGUGGAUGUUUUCCAUUUGCUGCACGGCCUGUGACUUUGUCACCAUGGAGGAAGCAGAGAUAAAGCAUCACAUUGGUACCAAGCACACAGGGGAUGAUAGGAAGACCCCCAGUGACUCUAACAGCCCCUCCUCUUCCUCACUGUCCACGCUGAGUGAUUCAGCCAACGGCAGAGACGACUCCGACAGCUCCCAGAAAAACAAGAGUGGGAACAACUUGCUGGUCAUCUCCGUGGUGCCUGGGAGCCAGCCCUCACUGAACAGCGAGGAAAAGCCAGAGAAAGGGUUCGAAUGCGUUUUUUGCAACUUUGUCUGCAAGACGAAGAAUAUGUUUGAGCGCCAUCUACAAAUCCACCUCAUCACCCGGAUGUUUGAGUGUGAUGUGUGCCACAAGUUCAUGAAGACCCCCGAGCAGCUGCUGGAGCAUAAGAAAUGCCACACUGUCCCCAGCGGUGGGCUCAAGUGCCCAUUCUGCAUUUAUUCCACCAACCGCCCUGCUGCCAUGGAGUGCCACCUCAAGACCCACUACAAGAUGGAGUACAAGUGCCGGAUCUGCCAGACAGUGAAGGCCAACCAGCUGGACCUGGAGACGCACACCCGCGAGCAUCGCCUGGGCAACCACUACAAGUGUGACCAGUGCGGCUACCUGUCCAAGACGGCCAACAAGCUCAUCGAGCAUGUGCGCGUGCACACCGGGGAGCGGCCCUUCCACUGUGACCAGUGCAGCUACAGCUGCAAGCGCAAGGACAAUCUGAACCUGCACAAGAAGCUGAAGCAUGCCCCCCGCCAGACCUUCAGCUGCGGAGAGUGCCUGUUCAAGACCACCCACCCCUUUGUCUUCAGCCGUCACGUGAAGAAACACCAGAAUGGAGACUGCCCCGAGGAGGACAAGAAAGGCCCGAGUCCAGCCUCCCGGGAGCCAGCCGGCCCUGGAGCCCCGCUCCUGGUGGUGGGCGGUGGCCGGAGUCUCUUGUCCCCGCUGUCGGUCAUGUCCGCCUCGCAGGCUCUGCAGACCGUGGCCUUGUCGGCAGCCCACGGCAGCAGCUCUGAGCCCAACCUGGCGCUCAAGGCCUUGGCCUUCAGUGGCUCCCCGCUGCGUCUUGACAAAUACCGGAACUCAGAUUUUGCCCAUCUCAUUCCCUUAACCAUGUUGUACCCCCAAAACCACCUGGAUCUCACAUUCCACCCUCCCCGACCUCAGACUGCGCCUCCCAGCGUCCCCUCGCCCAAACACUCCUUCCUUGCCUAUCUUGGACUAAGAGAAAGAGCAGAGACUGUCUGAGAGCAGCCGCGCUCUGUACCAAAAACCAAGAGACAGAGACAGGGAAAGACAGAAACCCACAAAACUUAAACACAGCCCCAGCAGGUGUAUGUUGCUGCAAACCUUACAGGCCCCAAGGGUCUGGACCACGUGUACUGUAUAUCUUUAGUAAGGAAUAGAAAAUUGGCUCCGUAUGUAUACCUAUUGCAUUUACCUGAAAGCUGCUUAUCCAAUCUUCAGAGAGGUGAUCUGCUGCCUAUUUGUACCUACAGAGGCAUGCCUCCCCAGCCGUCACUCCCACUCUGGGCCCUCCUCCGUACACGCCUCUCUGAAACGAAUUUUGUCACGUCAGACCCAAAAGAGAGUGUCCUUAAUAGCAGUCAGCACUUGGAAGCUUCUCAACUGGUACAUUGGGUUUUCUGUUGGGUGAGUGGGGUCUCGUGGGCAUUUGUGGAUUGGGAAAUAGAAAGACUGUGCGCG